UGAAAUGUCGUGGCUGUUCGUGCUGCAUUAACCAGCUCUCAGGCGUUGGCUUGUUCUGCUGUCUGAUCCUGCAGUGAUGCCAUAAUACUGAAUUUUGGACUGCCCUGUGCAUUGCCAUGGCAACAGACUGAUGUCACACUCUCAAGGACAUGACUUCAGUGCACGAUCAUGCAGAGGCACAAUCAGUUUUUUGGGCUGUACCUGACUCUGUGCAAAACUUAAAUCGGCUGCAGCUCCUUCUGCUAAGGAUCAGCCUUGGUACAGAAACAGUGGUAGUUAAAAGGCAGUAAGUAUAUCUGCUAGCUUAAAUGCUGGGGUUUUUUUUUCUCUUUUCCUUUUUUUUUUAAUUCACAAGCACAGCUUUUUACUCUUCACACAGUAGGAAUUUGUCAGGAGCUUGCUGGCAUUAAUAGUCUAUUUCAGCUCUUUUCUAUAGCCCAGCAGCUACAGAGGGGGGGAAAAAGCAUGCUUUGUAUGGAGCUGUGGUUGGGUCUGUGCUGCAGUGCCCAUCUGAACUUGGCUGUGUCUAUUUUGUCAGCUUUUGCUUCCCUCUAGUAGUUGCUGGUCCCUUCCUAAACUCACGAAAUCCCACCAUACAAUGCCUGUGCUUGGAUCAGGGUUCUGCCUGCUCCUGACCUGAACCAACUCUCUUGAUGGUUUUGCUUCUCGAGCUCUUUACUGCAAACAAGAUAUCUUUGAGUUUCAAUUCUUUGUCUGGCUUUUUACUUCUCAAUUGAUCUCCAGAGGAGUAGGACUAGGACAAAACAUGUGGUAUUCUUGACCAGGGAUCCAUGGAGAGGGUGUAAGCUGUUGGAAGAGUGAGUGGCAUUCUUGCAAUGGUGUGGUUGUGUUUAUUUGGGUGUGGAUAGAAUCAUGCUUCUGUGAUACAGUUCCUGCUGAGUUUGAAAUGCUAGUGUUAGUAAAGCCAGAAGGAGAGCCAGACAAAAGCUUGGAGAAAAGUCAGAAUUUCAGUGCCUUUUAGUGAUGGUUCAUGGGAAAGUAAUGAUUUUGUGUUUGAUUUUCCUAAAGCACCGGGCAUAUGCUUUUUACUCCUCUGUGAAUUACUGUUUGUGAAUGUGUGUCUUUACAAAAUGAGAACAUCAGAAACACCUGGUUUUGUGCCUAGGUUUCACUCAUAGAGGUAGGUCCUUGUUAGAGACUCUGGGUAGUCUGAUGAAAACGGUGUUUAGCUACAAAGCUUCAAUUUCUGCUGUUGCUGAUCGUGGCAGCCUCAUUGCUGCUCUCCCUGAAUCCCUGGAGCAGAGGACAUGCUCUCCUCCUCCUGCUCUCCUCCAUCUCCUCCACCCCACACCCUUCUUAGCCUUGUGUAGAGCUCAGCAGAGAUUUCUUCAUGAAGACUGGAAUGUGUUUAUAUAACAUUUUAUAUAUUAUUUUAGGCUCCUGCUACUCAAGCGUAGGCAAACUCUUAACCUCUUAUUCGCCAUCAUUAAACGAACCGUGGAAUUGCUGUGGCAGACACCAAGUCAGGUGGAUCUAAACCAGCUUCUGUUUUUCCUGCCUGGAAGGUUCAUCCUUCAUCAUUUUCCUGGCAAGUGUGGCUACCUAGAGCAGGUUUUCCAGGCCAGGAGUGUUAAGUGGGAGCAUUGAUUGUGAACCACACUGGUGAAACAGUGCUGGGCUGGGCAUAGUGGGGGCUCUUCUGUGUGGGAGGCAUUGGGAAGGGGGUGAUGUGAGAGGCUCAAUCUCUGCAAAAGCAGGGCUAGGACAGCAGUAGGAACGCUGGGCAGAGCUGCUGAAAAGGAGAGAACAACCUGCUGCACUAAAUCACAUCUCCCUGGGGACACAGCUCCAUAGUUAGCAUCCUCAAAUGGCAUUCCUUCAUUACGGCAUCAUUGUGCACAGGCCUCUAGAGAGGAAGCAAACGGUCUCUCAAACAAUCUGCUGGCAGCUCAGGCUGGAGUAUUUGAGGUUUUCCAGGGCUCUUUUGCUGUGUCACUCUUCCCUUUAAUGUUCCAGCUCGAAGGUUGUUGUUGUUUCUCCAUCAAAGUGCGUUAACGCGCCGGUAAGGGUGUCUGCUCCAAGGACAAGGUGGAGAAGGCAGCAGCCCAGGGAGAACAAGAGAUACUGCAGAACAGCUUUGUUCUGGUGUAAUCUGCCUUAUCUGCAUGUGAUGCAAAGACAGGGCAGUUUUCACAAGACUUGGAGGCUGCGUGGUGACAUGUUUUCUGUCCUUUUAUAAAAUCCACCACGUUAUUUUGAUUAGAGCGCUAACGUAACUCCUGGCAGCCUCAAAUCUCACUGCUAGCAGCUCCUUCCCUCCAAAGCCUGAUGUGGUGCUAACAAGCAGAGAGAUCUUGUGCGUCCUGUUUACAUGGAGCUGGGAAGACAGCGUGUUCCGUGGGAGGUGCCAAGGUAGAGCUGCAGUUGAAUAAAAGGUGAAAAAACUCCUGUGUGUGCAGACAGGCUGUGGUGGGGCGUGCCCAUUUGUGUUCGGUGGUGUUCAGGAACUCCAGCUGCAACACUUGGUAUGAUGAUGUUGUUUUAAAUCUGAAUAUGUAUCUUUUAUAUCUGUGCAUGCGUAGCAUGUUUGUGUUUGUAUAUAUUUAUAUUUAUAUCUGUUCUCUCUCGUGGGAAAAUCCAUGUCCUGAUCAUCUGCUGUUGUCACCUCCUCACGCAGCUCUCUGUUGUUCAGUUUGUAGGUGGCACAGACACGGUGAAGCUGAGUGUGGGGCAGGCAGAGCUGAUGGGGGAGCCUGGGGUGUAGCCCAGGAUGGACUGGCUGUGACGAGGACGUGCCUUAGCCUGGAGAGGGCGUUACCAUGAAGAGUUCCUGCAGAGCUGGCCUCCACAGGGAACCGCUGAAUUCCACAUCCUCCACCUUCCAUCAGGUCAAACGGGUUUCUGGUAUGCACUUAAAGCCAUAUCUCAAGUUACAGAAGAAAGAGCGAUCCCCAGAAAUAAGCCAGGAUUCCCUUCGAGGCCACCAGGGACCAGCGCAAGGAGAAAAAUUCACCAACUGCACCAAACUGAGCGUUUUCCCAAAACCCUCCCUGGUGGCUCCAUCUCAAAAGCUUCUGGGGAUUAUUUAUCCAAAUACUAUGUGCAAUAUGAACGGGAAGGGCCCGGCGGACGCUCCGAGCGCGAGGGAGAAGAAGAACGCUCUGUCUGCCACGAUCCACCAGGGAGAAGAAGGAGAGGGACCUCUGGAUGUGUGGGCUGUGGUGAAACCUGGCAACACCAAGGAGAAAAUCGCCUUCUUUGCAGCCCAGCAGUGCAGCGGCGGCAGCAGCACCCGCACGGGCUCCAUGAAAAUCAAGAGCACGUGGGACAUCGACGGGAGGACGGCCAAACGCAGGAAAAAAUCGGUGGAUCUUAAAAAAGCCAAAAUCCAACUGGAAAGAAUGAGGGAGGCCAACUCCAGGUGCUCGCAGCCGGAGCCGUUCGCCUGCGGCAUCGAGCACUGCUCGGUGCACUCGGGCAGCGACGGCGCCGAGGGCGCCUUCCCGGGCCGCUCGCUGUCCGUCAUCGAGAUGGUGGCGUUCCUGGAGCAGCGCGCCAGCGCCCUGCUGGUGGACUGUGCCAAGAGCUGCCCGGGCAGCAGGCUGAGCCCCCAGCCCAGGCCCGCCGUGCCCGGCCCCGAGCCCUCGGCCCUGGGCGAGGCGGAGCCGCAGGGCGAGCCCGUGCGCGUGCUGGACAUGGUGGCCAGGCUGGAGUCCGAGUGCCUGAGGCGGCAGAGCGAGGCCGGGAGCCUCUCCCGCAACAACAGCUUCCGCAGGAACGUGGGCAGGGUGCUCCUGGCCAGCAGCACCCAGCCCGAGGGGGACCUGGGCAAGGGGGGCCCGCCCCAGGGACAGGCAGGGGUGGCAGGGGAUGGCUAUGGGGGUCGCUGCGGUGACACCGAGCUCUGGGAUGGUGGCGCCUCUGCCCCGCAGCCGUUUCCUUCGGGGCUGGAUACCCGCGUGGGGAAUGUGAGUUCGGGACUUGCCCAGGCGGUGUUGGCCAUGACAGCUGGCAGGAGUGACACUGACACACGGAUGGAGCCCCCCAGGGCCCUGCUGGCCCCGUGUCCCUCUGCUGCCAGGCUGCCACCGGAUCCCCUGCAGAGCAAGAGCGCGACUGUUGAUUGUACGUCCAAGGAGCCUGGAAUUUUCCCAAAGCAUCCUGCUAGGAAGGAGCCCUUGUGCAUCAGUAUAUCGGUCACCAAGACAGAGGAAGGGUGCAGGAAGGAGAAGCUCUCUGGUUCUGGUGAGGAUUCACUCCCAGGGAGGCUGUUUUUCCUCCAGGGUGAGCAACCUGCUGCUCAGGAGCAAGAGCCACGGCGGGAGGGUCCCCAGGAGAAGCCAGGGGAAGUAGCCCAAAACGAGGAUGAGGAUGCUCUGGCAUCUGGUAGAUCGUGUGUCACAAGCAGUGUCCCUACAGAGCCAUCAGCCCCUUCUGGCCCUGCCACAGAAGGAGCUUUGCAAGUACUUGAUGCCUCCUGCCUAAAGCGGCAGGUUUCUCAUGACUUUCUGGAGACCAGGUUUAAAAUCCAGCAGCUUCUGGAGCCUCAGCAGUACAUGGCCUUCUUGCCUCACCACAUCAUCGUGAAGAUCUUUGGGUUGCUUCCCACCAGGAGCCUGGUUGCCCUGAAAUGCACUUGCUACUACUUCAAGUUCAUCAUUGAGUACUACAACAUCAGGCCGGCCGACUCGCGCUGGGUGCGCGACCCUCGCUACCGGGAGGAUCCCUGCAAGCAGUGCAAGAAGAAAUACGUCAAGGGGGACGUGUCCCUGUGCAGGUGGCACCCCAAGCCCUACUGCCAGGCUCUGCCCUACGGGCCUGGCUACUGGAUGUGCUGCCACCGCUCCCAGAAGGGCAUCCCUGGCUGCAAGCUGGGCCUCCAUGACAAUCACUGGGUGCCCGCCUGCCACAGCUUUAACCGCGCCAUCCACAAGAAAACCCGAGGAGCUGGAGCAGAGGUGGAAGAGGAAUAUUAGUGCACAAACACUUUCCUGCAAGAUUGAGAUUGUUUGGGAGAGGAGGAGGAGGAGGAGAUUCUCAUGCCUUGUGCUGUUUACAGUGUAUAUAAUUGUCGUGAUUUGUUUUUUUUUUCCCCCCCACAGGGCUACGAAACUGCACAUACUCAAACACAAGAGCCUUUACCUUUUAGAUUAAAAGAGAGCUUUUAGUCCAUCUCUGUAAAUAACACUAUAAAAACUAAUUGUACAUACAGAGUCUACAGCUGGCUGAACAAGGUAACCCCUACAAUGCAGCUAUCCCAGUGUUGCGGCUAUAGGUGUGUGUGUUUUUAAGUGUCUUGUUUCAAAAUCUGUAUAUCCUGUAUAAUAUAUGAAUGUUUCUGAGAAGAAACUCUAAAUAGGUAAAGGUCAACUUGUUUAAAGAAGCUGCAGACAACUUAACUGGACAACCUGAAACUUAGACUAUAGAACAGAUCCAUUAUAGUAGCGUGGCGGUGGAUUAAAAAAGAAAAGAGAGGAAUAUUAUUGUAUAGUCAGAAUAUAAAAAAAGUUCUUGUCUACCUUACCCAUGUUGUCUGGUUGGGUUUUUUUUUUUUUUUUUACACAUAAAUAAAAUGUGCAUUCUAGAUCUGCCUUACCAGACUUUCUCUUGUAAGACUUUUGCCCCAAAAUAAAAAAAUGCUGUAAAACACGUGGCAGAAACUUGGUGCUGUGCUGUAGUUCAGACGUGCAAUGUGCUUUCUCUAGGAAACCUCUCCUCCUACUAACAAAGGAACAAACCCCCCCAGAUCUCUAGUACUUGGAGAACUCCCUGCUGUAACAAUCACAGAUUCCAGCUUUUCCUUCUGCCUGCAGCAGGGGCUCCUUUCAUUGGGAAUUCUGGUGCUGGGUGCACUUUCUGCUCCUCCUGCUCCUUGGCUCUUUGUGGCACCUGCCGUGUUCCCUGGAUGCUCGAGGCUGGAGCGUGGGUCCAGCAGGAUGAGUGUGGAGUUGCCUUGGCUCUGUGAUGUGCUGGAAGCUUCCCUGUCAGCUGUGUGUGGAAUUUUUCCCUUGCAGAAGACUCCUUGCCGUGCUUUGCCUGCCCUGCUGCAGCCCUGGCCUCUCCCAGGGCCGUGGGUUGGUGCUUUCCAGGGGAGUUCGGAGCUUUGCGUGGGAUGAACGGCGAUUCCUCGCGCUCACAACGGGAGCACAGAGUGUGGCAGAGUUUCCCUGGAUCCCUUGCUGUCCUGCAGUGCUGUGAGCCAGCCCUCAGCCUCCUGCUGCAGCCCUGGCAGGGUGGAUGGCUUGGAAGGCUGGGGAUGGGGCCUGGCCAGGGCAGCAGCUGCCCAGGAGCCCAGCAGAGCGUGGCAGCCCUGCCUUUGCCCUGCCACCUCCCUCCUGUCCCCUCUUGGUGCUCUUGCUGUUCCUCCGCCCUUCUCAGGGCACAGAUGGACUCCUGGCUCUCACCAUUCCAAAUCUCUGACCUGGUGCCACCUUCCCAUGGGGUCACCUCUGCUCAGACCCCAAGGAGCUGCUGGAAAGGGCAGGAUGGGGUGGCCCAUCCUGUUCUGUGUCCUUUGCUGCUGGAUCGAGGAUGGAACGCUGCUGGCUGUGGGGCCAGGCUGAGGCAGCCGCCCCCACCUGCCCCGGGCUCGCAGGGAGUGACUCACGGGUUCGGAGCAUGAGGAGGACAAAAGGGUUUGAAGGCUUUUGUUCCUUCCUUUAACAGUGGGAGAAGGAAAAUCAAGCCCUGACAGCCUGAAAUGUGGGUUUGGUGAGCUCAGGCUUUGCAGGGAGGUUUAAAGGAUGUGCUGGGUUUAUAUUUUGCCUUCACCUGCUCCUGCCACCCACCGGGUGUCAUCCACCCCUCCCGGAGCUGCUCAGCCUCCCUGCGCUGCAGACACGAUGACAAGCAGGAGGAAUGAAAUCAGGAAUGUCACAGAAGGGUGUGGCCACCUUGUAACCGGGAAGAGGAAGAGCAGGAUCGCUCCUCAACCCCCGACUUCAUCCCCUAACGGGGCUCGGCUUCACCCCAACUCCCCUCUGCUCCCCCAGCUGCACCUGCACCAGCAGCACAGCCGCCCCCAGGCUGUUGUUUUGCCAAAGCCAUCGGCAUCAAAAGCCUUCAGCUUCAUUCUGAUGAGGGGAAAAGGGAAAGAAGCUGCUUUCCUGCUCCCCCGCCCAAGACUCUGGAAAACUUGAGGCUGACAGCAGCAAGGAAAGUCCCUGCGAGGCUGGAAUGGAGUGGCAGAGGAAAAUAUUUUGUAAUUAGAUAAGGGGCCAGUGAGGUCAUUUUACUUGGAACAGGGUGUGAGAUUUUGGUCACCUUUGUUGAACAAGGGGAAAAAUGAGGAUACAAUAAUGUCAUGAGGCUGUUUUGUUCCUGGAGCAGGUAAAGCCAGAGGACAAUUUGCUGUCCCUACCCCAUCCCUGCCCUGGGGAGCGUGGGCUGGUUUAUACAUCAUUUAUUACAUUGUCUGCUGGAACUGUCCCUCCUGCACAGCAUUGCUGUUAAAAAUUGUUUCACAGAGCAGGAUUUUACAUCCAGAAAUGAGUUGGUUCUGAGUGUUGCCAUGCUGAGCUGCCUGCAGGCUUUUUUUUUCCUGUACCAUUGUAAAAUGCAGAUUUCUGUUUCCUUAAGGGAUGGUUCAGGGAGAAGCCAAGGUCUGAUGAAUGUCAGGGUUUUGAGUUUUUUUCCUAAGAAGCAAUUAAAAAAAAAAAAAUCCA